GCCGGCGCCGGGUCCGGCCUGAGUUCGUGGCCAGCAGCAGUCCACCCGGUAUCGCGUUCUGGGUUGUGGCGGCCCUGGAUCCGGCGUCUGGGCGACCAGGCGGACGAGGUGGAGCCAGAGUCGGUCAGACAGGUUGGUGAAGAGCGCGGGGCCGGGCACGGCGUUGGGAGUGCGCAGCAGGGACCGACCAGACGGGCUGCAGGCACCUCAAAGGCCGGGACACCCCCUCAACGUCCGCAGGCGCGAUGAAGGCACUGAUCUUAGUGGGGGGCUAUGGGACGCGGCUACGGCCGCUGACGCUGAGCACCCCGAAGCCACUAGUGGACUUCUGCAAUAAGCCCAUCUUGCUGCACCAAGUGGAGGCGCUAGCUGCGGCAGGCGUGGACCACGUGAUCCUGGCCGUGAGCUACAUGUCGCAGGUGCUGGAGAAGGAAAUGAAGGCACAGGAGCAGAGGCUGGGAAUCCGAAUCUCCAUGUCCCAUGAAGAGGAGCCUUUGGGAACAGCUGGGCCCCUGGCGCUGGCCCGUGACCUGCUCUCUGAGACUGCAGACCCUUUCUUCGUCCUCAACAGUGACGUGAUCUGCGACUUCCCCUUCCAAGCCAUGGUGCAGUUCCACCGGCACCAUGGCCAGGAGGGCUCCAUCCUGGUAACCAAGGUGGAGGAACCCUCCAAGUACGGUGUGGUGGUGUGUGAGGCUGACACAGGCCGAAUUCACCGGUUUGUGGAGAAGCCGCAGGUGUUUGUGUCCAAUAAGAUCAACGCAGGCAUGUACAUCCUGAGCCCUGCGGUGCUGCGGCGCAUCCAGCUGCAGCCUACGUCCAUUGAGAAGGAGGUCUUCCCCAUUAUGGCCAAGGAGGGGCAGCUAUAUGCCAUGGAGUUGCAGGGCUUCUGGAUGGACAUUGGGCAGCCCAAGGACUUCCUCACUGGCAUGUGCCUCUUCCUGCAGUCACUGAGGCAGAAGCAGCCUGAGCGGCUGUACUCAGGCCCUGGCAUUGUGGGCAACGUGCUGGUGGACCCAAGUGCCCGCAUCGGCCAGAACUGCAGCAUUGGCCCCAAUGUAAGCCUGGGACCUGGCGUGGUGGUCGAAGAUGGUGUGUGUAUCCGGCGGUGCACGGUGCUGCGGGAUGCCCGGAUCCGCUCCCAUUCAUGGCUUGAGUCCUGCAUUGUGGGCUGGCGCUGCCGUGUGGGCCAGUGGGUUCGCAUGGAGAAUGUGACAGUGCUGGGUGAGGACGUCAUAGUUAACGAUGAGCUCUACCUCAACGGAGCCAGCGUGCUGCCCCACAAGUCUAUUGGCGAGUCAGUGCCAGAGCCUCGUAUCAUCAUGUAAGGGGAUGCAGUGGGGCUGGCCGAGCCCCGGUUUUCCCAUCAGCAAGGGGAGUGCUGGCCUGACACAUCAGAAGACCCUGGACUUGUUAUCUGUCUGGGGGACACUGGGUGAAGCUGAAGCCGUUGGACACCUGCCUUCUCAUGUGGACAUCAUCUGGCAGGAUCCCUGCUGGGCACACCCCACAAACCCCACUCCCUCAAGAAGGGCCAGGGCCAGGGCUGUAUGGAAUAAUAAUUUAAUGCUGACUGUG